UCCCAUUCCUGCCCCUUGAUCUCUAGGCACAGAGCCAAUCCCAGCCCCAACCUACCUGCCCUGUAGCUCUGUGUGCCCUCCAAUCUACUAGUCAGGAUGUGGGGUCCAACGUCUGAGAAUCAGCUAUGGAGGAACAGCAGUCAGAUCCCUUCCCAGUGUCUUAUCCAAAGACUUGACCACAUUGUGAUGACGGUAAAGAACAUCGAAGACACCACCAUGUUCUAUUCUAAGAUCCUGGGAUUGGAAGUCACUACUUUCAAGGGGGAUCGGAAGGCAUUGUGUUUUGGAGACCAAAAAUUUAACUUACACGGUGGGAAGGAAUUUGAUCCCAAAGCCGCUCACCCCAUUCCGGGCUCUCUGGAUGUCUGUCUGAUCACAGAAGCGCCUUUGGAGGAGGUGAUGAACCGUCUCAAGGCUUUUGAUGUCCCCAUUGAAGAGGGCCCAGUCUCCAGAACAGGAGCAAAGGGGCCUAUUAUGUCCAUCUACUUCCGAGAUCCUGACAGAAAUCUCAUUGAAGUGUCCAACUAUGUCACCUCAUGAUUGACACUGGCUUUCCUCCAUUGUGUCCCACAAGAUGUCAUCAUAGCCCUCAUUUCCUGCAAAUCCCAGAGACCUCCAAGAACUGAGAACUUUGGCAUGUCACCAAUACUGCAAACGGGGACCUAAGACAGGUUUAUGUGCAGACUUUUGUGUCUAGAUAGCCCCCAUCUAAAGCUACUCCAAUAAAUGACUCCUGUCUCCAUAUGA